UUCACGGACAACUCGACGUUUUUUAUAGAGGCGCACCGAAGCUCCAGUUAUGUAGCGCUGUCGCUCGCCGUCGCGGCUUUUCUCCAUCGCCCAUGCGGCAACCAUCUGUCAACUGCGGCGGACACUUGCGCGAGUAAUCCGGCAGCGUGAAACGCGCGCGCUAAUCGCACACGACGAAUUGCUUCCUUCCUUCCGUCCCGCUCGGCGAAAUCACAACCGCAACCAUGAACAUCGACCGGGGCUUUUUGAACGUGAUGAUUCUCAGCUGGGGAUUCAUGCUGGUGUUCGCGGCGUUUCAAACGAUGGGCAACAUAGAGAAAACCGUGCUGUCCAGCAUCAAGACAGAUGAUGAGAACUUCACCGGCGAGGCGUACACCAGUCUGGCCAUCAUCUACGCCGUGUUCUCGAUCUGCAACUGGCUAGCGCCGUCCUACAUCUCGGUAACGGGGCCGCGGGUAGCGAUACUCACCGGCGCCUGCUGCUACGUCCUCUUCAUAGCGUCGUUCUUCUGGCCGAACGCCGGCCUGCUGUACAGCAUGUCUGGCGUGGUGGGGAUCGGCGCGGCGUUCAUAUGGACCGGCCACGGCCAAUACCUGACGGAGAACAGCGACGUCGAUACCAUGUCCCGGAACGCCGGUCUAUUUUGGGCGAUCUUCCAGUCCUCCCAGUUCGCCGGCAACCUCCUCGUCUUCUUCGUCUUCGACACGGACAAGAUCGACGCGACGCAACGGCGGACCGUCUUCAGCGUGCUCACCGGCCUGUCGCUGAUCGGCGCCUUGGUGCUGGUCUUCCUGAGGAGGCCGCCGCAGAAGUCGUCGCUCGGCGAGGCCGAGGGUGUCUCCAGCGCGGACAAAGAGCUCCAGCUGCCCGAGCCGGUGCGGGAGAAGCCGCUGGUGGCUGCUUGGCAAGCGCUCGUGGACGCGCUGAAGCUCUUCCUGACGCCCCGGAUGCUCAUCCUGUCGCUCACGUUCAUCUACACCGGCCUCGAGCUCACCUUCUACUCCGGCGUGUACUCCAACAGCAUCGGCUUCACCAAGGCGAUGGGCGACCAGCGCAAGAGACUCCUCGGGCUGUCCGGCAUCUUCAUCGGCGUCGGCGAGGUCGUCGGCGGCGCCGUCUUCGGCAUCCUCGCCUCCAAGGUGUGCCGCAACUGCGGCGGCUCGCCGGUGGUGCUGACCGGCCUGGUCGUGCAUCUGUUCGCCUUCAUCAGCAUCUUCCUGAACCUGCCGAACAACGCAUCGUUGGGCGAGACGAGCGACACGGACCACGUAAUGUCCUCGCCGAUUCUCGCGAUGGCCGGCAGUCUUGCGCUCGGCUUCGGCGACGCCUGCUACAACACGCAGAUCUACUCGCUGCUGGGAGUCCUCUUCGCGAAGGAGAGCGCGCCGGCCUUCGCGCUCUUCAAGUUCUGCCAGUCCGUGGCCGCGGCCGUCAGCUUCUCCUACAGCACCAGCGCUGGACUGCACAUACAGCUGCUGGUGUUACUCGUAACCAUAAUCCUGGGCACGAUAGCCUUCUGCUACGUCGAGCGCACCGUGAAGAAGUCGAAGAACGAAAGCCAACCGGAGAUCGAUCCGUCGCUCGUCGAGCCCACGAGCGGCGAGGACUAACGAGUUCGUCGAGGUGCAGUAACACGCGGCAGGAUCGUGCGCGAGUGAGAUCUCCGGAUCUGUGGACACUAGGAAAUCACGCGAGAGAUCUCCAAAGAGACGAGAACGCGCUGGCGGAUCGCGGAACACGGGGAGAGCGUUGGAAGUGCAACAGCUAGGACCCGGGCGAUACGAAUCACCUGAAUACCUGCAAAAGAAGUAGAGAUCGAUUAUUUUUGUAAAGUUUUAGCCGUCGUAAACGAAGGUGCUCGCAUCCUUCCGUAAUCGUCCGGAAUUUUCACAAGUCGAUACAGACCUAGUUAUGUAAUUUAUUAUCCUUUUAUUUACCAAAUGUUCAAUAAGGACAAAUGAUGUAACUAGAUUUGCGUCUCUUGCUGGAAAGCAACCAAUGUUACCAUGCCUAGGGAAUAGGACAGCAUUAGUGGAAGUCUGCUGUACAACCGGCGUCAUGUAUGCUGACUAUUUCCUGGAUCGAAAAUUACAUGAUUUUUAGUCUUAUAUAUAUAGAUACGGUAAAAACUGUUAUAAUUAGAGCCAAUAUGUAUCCUAUCAUUAUAAUUCGAGAUAUUUCUGUGAUUUUCAACCUUAUGGAUUAUAUAUAUAUAAGGCUGAAAAUCGUAUAAUUUUCCGUUUAGGAAAUGAUACGGUAUGUGCAUAACAUCGACCAAGAUGCAAAAGAAUUCUUAUCACGCAAUACCGUAGAAAUGAAUAUUAUAAUCAGGGAUGUUACCAUAAAAUAUCGAUAUCAAUAUUGAAACGGGUAUCUAAUAAAAAGUAUCGAUAUAAUUAGUGAUACCAGUAUCAGAACAAAAAUAUACCGAUACUGAUACUAGUAUUGAAAAUAUUUAAAAUUAGAAGAAAUAUAAAAAUUAGGAAAGAAAAUUUUGUCUUGCAAACUAUUUUUAUAAGAGAGAAAUUUUUAUAAGAGAGAGAAUUUCAUAUGUCUACACAAAAUAAUCAUACUAUAGUAUAAAAAUACUUUUACCUUCCGCAGACUUUCUAUUUGUGAUCUAAAAACCUUAAAAAGGAUGUGUUAAGGCUCAUGUGUCCUCGCUAUGACUGUCAUUGCUUGAUGACGUCAGAAACAAGAAAAAUCGUUUAAAACGUAAGCUGCAUGUCGCACUAAUUUUCAUGAAGCAAAAAUACAUGAUAUCUUGAUAUCCACGAAGUAAAAAAUGAAAAAAAAAAUCAAAUAAUGCACAGAUAUGGAGAAUAUUGGAAGGAAAUAUCGAAUAUAAAUAUACUCGGUAUUAAAAGAAUCAUAUCGAUGCCAAUAUUAUAUCAGUAGUAUCGCAACAUCCCUAUUUAUAAUACAUUCAUAAGACACGGAGAAAUUAAUUACAGUACAAAAUCCACUUCUACUUUGAUUUGCAACUCAGGGCAACCGUGUUUUAAGCUGUUCUCUCCUCUGGAGCAGUGCUUCUCUCUUCAGAAAAUGUAAAUACGCGAAUAUACCAAACGCGCGCGCAUACAUUUUAAUUGUUUUUUCUCAUCGGCGUGAACAUUUUCACUGUAAAGUGCCAGUGUUGCGCCGUUUACGCGAAGUUGGGGAACACCGCCUGAGAGUCGAUCCGGUGUGACUGCUCAUUCGGUCGUUAGAUCUGCAGGAUUUAACGACGAUCAAUCGAUUGUCUGUUUCGCGCAAGAAACGCCGCGAUGACGGACGAGUGUCCGUUGCGGAUUCCCGUUUCAUACUUGGUAAGUUCCGUCGGUCGCGAGACCGGCUCUACUAGCGGCGGGUGCGAUCCUCGUUCUUCCAUCCUUGCAACGCACUGCGAUUUUUUUCACGUCGUUACUCGUAUUUAGCUAGUCUGUAACGCAAGUCCGCCACAGGAUUCGUGUUUAACUAGUCCGUGAUACACAGUGCACCGGUCUUACGGUACUGAUCGCGUGUGUGCGUGCGUCGAUGAGCGGGUAAAUGGGUGAAUCGGGUAGGUGACACGCACGCACAUUCACGCAGACGACAUUUACAGCGCGAGGCUCGGUCGAAUUAUUCGAGAUCAGGCGAAAGAUUGUGUUCCUUUGAUGUUUGCCACGGGCGUCGUGACGAACGCGUAGUUUAACCGCGUAUGCACACAGGAUGUGUUGAAAGUCGGGCGAUCGGCGAAUCCGCCGAGUCGGUCUGUCCCUCGUCGAGAGUUGUAAACACAGUUGUACAAUGUAAACGAAUGCAAGAUUAGUGGUAAAAUGUAAGAUCUCCAACUGAAUCGGAAAGUGCAAAAUGCAGAACAACUAAAGAUUUCAGAUGACAAAAUACUGCAAAAAUCUCACCUCAUGCUAACACUUUGAAGCUGAUUUUUUUUUUAUACAUGCAUCAGACGUCUAACUGAAAGUCUGACGCAACAAUUAUCCACUCGAAAUCGUCACGAGGAAUAUGAGUGCGAUAUCUAUUUGCAUAAUCGAUGAGACAAGCGUAAUACUCUGCGCUUAUCACGAGUAUCCAGGAGUCUUAAAAAAUCGCGCGACUUUUGAGACAUCCCUAUACAUUGUACACAAAUUCCCGCACAUUUCAUCAUAUAUUCUAACUUCGUCAUAUGGAUACGUAUUAGAUAAAUUUUGUGCAUUUAGUAUUCGUAGGCAGUGGAUCGAACAUACGAUUACGAGAAUGUUAACGAUGAUCGAGUAUUCCCCUGACAAUCAAAAUUAUAUUCAGGAACGAAUAUGUACGAGAUGCCGACCCUUUAUGAGUGGGAUUUUUAAGUGUUCCUGCCUGUGUGAUCUUUGUAAAGAGAAAAGGUCUUCACACAUCUUUCGUAGCUCCUUACACAAGCGUAUACAUAUUAUAUAUUCUAUUGCAUUUCACAUGAUACAUGUACGAUAUAUGUACGUGCUGCAGAAUUUUUUUCUUUACGUAGAAGUAUACCGCUCCUUGGACAUGUACCUGAUAGAGAACGAUUGUAAUCUAUUUCGAAAGAAUGUACACAAUUCCCCUCGAACACGAGAGUGAUCAAUCGAGAAUGAUCAUUAUUAUUUUUAUCGUCAAAUAGAGUCUAUGAACGAAAUUUUAUGAAAUA